AUGGCCUCCAACCCUCCCGGACAGUGCUGCACCGUCGGCGUCAAGCAUGAGGGCACCCCCCAGGGCAAGAAGAUCAGCGUCGCGGGCAAGUAUGAGGGAUACCUCGCCGAGGCGCCUGCCGACAAGGCCCACAAGAACGCUGGCAUUCUCUUCAUCAGCGACGUCUUCGGCAUCUGGCCCAACUCACAGCUCGUGGCCGACCAGUUUGCCGCCAAUGGAUACACGACGCUGAUCGUAGACCUCUUCGGCGGCGACCAGAUUCCGUUGCCGAUGCCUGCCGGGCUUAAUAUCCUCGAAUGGAUUGCCAAGGGCAGCGACGGCAAGAGCCCACACACACAGGAGUCGGUUGACCCCAUCGUCAUCGACGCCAUCAAGUACAUGCAAAACGACCUCGGCCUCGCCAACAUCGGCGCCGUCGGCUACUGCUUCGGCGCAAAGUACCUCGUGCGCAACUUCCAGCACGGCAUCAAGGUUGGCUAUAUCGCGCACCCCAGCUUCGUUGACGAAGACGAGCUCGCGGCCAUCAACGGCCCGCUCUCCAUCGCCGCCGCCGAGACGGACAGCAUAUUCCCCGCUGAGAAGCGCCACAAGUCGGAGGAGAUCCUGCAGAAGACGGGCCAGCCUUACCAGAUCAACCUCUACUCGGGCGUCGAGCACGGCUUCGCCGUCCGCUGCGACCUAAGCAAGAAGAUCCAAAAGUACGCCAAGGAGAACGCCUUCCUCCAGGCUGUCUCGUGGUUCGAUGAGCACCUGGCAUGA